GGCUACAUAAAGCUCGCUGAACACCUCAUAUAAUCAGAUUCCUUCACACACUCACCUGUGCUCUCCAAAGCAGCUACACUGGACUUGGUUCUUCUCCAGGUCGCAGAAAGAAGAGCAGCUUUGUGUUCCUGAGCUGAUUAUCGACUAAAUAUGGACAAAGAGGAACUCGAAUUCUUCCGGGCUCUGAGAGCCAUGGCUUUUUUAGAGGCGUUGGAAAUGCAAGCGGAAAUGCUGAAAAGGCUGGCUGCUGCAUGUUGCCCUGAAAGUCCCAGGAGCUCUGCUGAAAGGAAAAGAUUAAUAAACCUUGCAAUAGAAAACUGCAAGGAUGAAACUGUCCUGCAGUGGCUGAGAGAAAAUUCAGAGUCUGGCACCUUCAGAAAACUCUCAGACAUGUUUGAUUUCCUGAAAAGUAAAAUUGAUGAGGAAGAAAAGAAGAACCAUGAUGACACUGUUGACAUAAUCUUUGUGGCACAUGGAGCAAUCAGAGACUCCAUGAUCCCAGCCAAGUGUUUGCUGCCUCUGCCCACCAUCACUGACCUGGUCCUGUACUCUCCCUGGAACUGUGCCACCACACCUGAAGUGACCUAUGGCAUUGCAACAGGAAAAAUGAGGCCACAGCACAGAGUUUUUCACCGAAGACUUCCACUACCGUUUUUUUUCCACGGUGCAAUUGUUGUUCACAACUAUCAACCCCUGAACCUGCCAAACUACUGGAACUCACUGAAGAAAGCUGGAGGACGGAAGAUCCCAAACAUCAUUGUUAGCCCUCUGCAGGAAGAUGAAAGAGUGUGGAAAAAAUUUAAGUCUCUCUCAACAAAACAUGGUCCACCAGGACGAAACCGCAUCGUCAUCCCGUUCAUCCUCCCAGAAGAGAGUGAAAGUGUCCCGUUCUCUGUCGUCGCCUUGGCUCUGUCCCUGGUGCUCCUCUCUUCCAGGUUUAAAGCCACCGUUCACCUUGAUACCUGUCUGAGUGAUAAGUCUACAGGACAGAAAUCUGACAGGAAGUAUCUGCAGGAGCAGUACUACUGCACUGAAGACAACACUGGGAUGACAUGUUCACCAGAUGCAUUCAGUGUGAACUAGUGGGAUCGCUUUAAGAGUCUGUUUAAUUAGAUGCAAACCAGCCUCAUCUUAUCAUCUUUCCUGUGUCCGUUUUUUAAAAACUGUUCCGGAAACAUGAAACCAUAAAAGCAUUUAUUUUUUAAUCUGUGGAGCUCAGAUUUAAAAAGAAACCCACACAGGACUCAUGUUAGAACACACAUUCGACUUUAAUUACAAUUACAAUCACAGAUGCUUCCAGUAGUUCAAACUAUCCUUUAGUUUAUCAGCCAGUUUCACUUCUUUAAUGAAGCCUACAUCAGAAUCAGAAUCAGAAUACUUUAUUGAUCCCUAGGGGAAUUUAUCUAAUUAUUACAUGAAUCAGUCUCCUGAUUUUUUUGCACUUUAAGCUGUUUGUGUAGCUGCUGCUUUUCCUCAGAGCUCAGGCUGGACUUCAGUGUACCGACUGUCUUAUACUUUAUCCUGACAGAAAAGAGUACACAGCACUUUAUUGUCUAGUUUAGCUCCACAGUGACAUGGAGGGAAAUCUGCAAACAGCUGAGCAGACAAAAACACUCACUGUGUGUAAACUAUGUCUUUCUCUGUAACUUAAACACCUUAAUGUAUCUAUUUUUUUUUAAUGAUGAAAUCAAACUACAUUUUGGAAUUUUGUAUCGUUUGUACUUUCUUGACUUUUUAUAUCAAUGUAAUUUAAAACAUAAUGACUUUAAUUCAUUGCUGUGAUGUGACUGAUACAGAGUCACAUGUAAUAUUAAAAUCAACUGCUCUUUAUGGGCAGGCAUGAUUAAAAUGAAUGAAUGGUGAAAAUGAAGGAAAAUUUAAACUUCAAUCAAUGAGCACUUUAUCUGCAGAAGGAUCAACUCAUCUGUUUCUCGAUGAAUUUUAGAGAUUAUAAAUACAAAGCUAAUGAAGAAAUAGAUACACUGA